AUCAUCCUAAAUCUUUCAUUGGUUACCAGUGUGCAACACCAAUCAUCAAAAAGAAGCAUUCAAAUACCGCCUUUCAAAUGAAAAAGAUUUUCUCUCUCUUUUUAUUUUUUCUUUUUCUCUUUUAUAAACAAAAAGGAUGGAGGGUCUGUUAGAAAGAAUUGAGGAAUUGUCCAGCAUGGCUAAAUCCAGCGGCAAAAAGGGAGGCGAAAAGACUCGAGAUUACAUUGAUUCAUUGUUGGAUGUUUUAGACUCUUUAAUUCUAUUAUCAGCCGAUAGAUUUAUGACAUUGGGGGAUAGUAAUGCCAAUGAUAUCGACGACGAGACCUAUGCACAAUAUAUUGUCCAUCCACAAGACAUUAUUCAGGCCAAAAGCUACAGUGGUUCUUUACUAUUAAAGAUUAUUUCGACCGAAAUGAUGUUUAAUGACGAUCACGAUGAUGAACGCAUGGAAAGAGCCUCCAGGCUCUUGGCCCAUAUGUCUGGUAGAGGAGCUGCGGGAUCUAUUACACGCACGUGGCAUAUUCCGUACCUGAAUCAAGAUGGUGUACGUAACGAAUUACGAGUGCCUCUUCAUGAGCCAUGUUACGUUGGCAACGAUCUCGGUUUCAAAACUUGGGGUGCGGCUCCCAUGAUGGCCAAAAAACUGCUGCAGCAGAAUCUGAUACCUAAUCUCUCGCAAAGUGUCGUUUUGGAGCUUGGUACAGGCACUGGCAUGGUGGGUUUAAUAUGUGACCAUUUGGGCGCGGCCGAAAUUCACGUUACAGAUUAUCACCCGCGUGUCCUUGAAAAUGUAGCACACAAUGUCAAACUGAAUGGUUCCAAGGCAAAAGUCUCCAUGUUGGAUUUUAUCAAGGUCUCCAAAGACGAAGCACCUGAAUGGAAAGACCAAAAGUUUGACAUUGUGAUUGCUAGUGAUUUGUUGUACGAAAUGGAACAUGCCGAUCAUUUGCCGGUGGCUAUUGAAAAGCUAAUGAAGAAUGACUUUUACUUCAUGAUUCCACUGCGUUCAACGCAUUGGGAAGAAGUGCAUCACUUUGAAGAAAAAAUGAAGUCGCUGGGUUUGAUAUGUCGAAAGACAGAAGACAGUGAAAGAGAGGAAGAAGAAGGCCUGGUGCAAUUUAGAUACUAUGAAUAUACCAGAUUAUUAAACCCGUGAUUUUCUUAUGUGUAUCACAUUACAACGUCAUAGUGUAUAUAAUAUAUAUUUUCUUUUUCUAUUUACUCAUCUCUUUUUUCUUCAUUACAAAAAU